AUGCAACAGAAGGAAAAGUCAGAGAGAGUCCAAGCACGAGAAGGACUUGAUGCACUGUUGCUGGUUCUAAGAUUAGAAAGAAACCUGAGUCAGAAGAGCCAGCUGUUUAUCAACUCAGUAGGCAGCAGUACAAUAAAUACCUUGCUGGAUGAUCUAUUAGAGGAUGGAGUAAUACACCUGGAAGAGAUAUACAAAGUGAGAGAUGAAAAUGCUACAGUCACGGAUAAGGCUCAAGUCUUGACUGACCUUGUUAUUGGGAAACGGUGCCAUGCUUUUGGGAAAUUUAUCCAGCAUCUCUGUCAAGAAGACCCUGAAAUUGCAUUGAAGAUGGGGCUGAAGUAA